AUGAGGCAGCGUCAGAGCUCUGAGGACACCGUAGAAGAGUUGGCCGACGGGUUCACUUACGCCACCAACCGGUACAAGGGACAAGGGCGCCAGGCCAGGAAGCCCGUCUCGCGCCGGGCUGAGAGCUCCAGCGAGGACAUCCUUGAGGUGCUGGCCCGCGGGCCCGACUACACCACCUACCGGGUCAGGGUGCAGGUGCACCGGGCCAACGACGCCGGCCAGUGCGAGUCUGAGUGUGCAGCCGAGUUAACUCUUAACCUCCGUGAGGCCUGCAGGAUGCGUGCCCUCCAGGAAGGCACACUGGAGAAGAUGGUGGUGUCCAUGGUACCAGCUUUCCCAAGUGGAAAAAUUCCCCACAUUUCCACCUUCACGUUCAUCCACCCGGCCUUCUCCAGAGCCCAGCUGUUCCUGGACCAGCUGUUUACUAGAUCUGAUGCCAUCCAGGUGUUCUCUACAUCUGGAAAUAUGCAGCCAUAUAACGACCAGGGUGACACACCCCAGGACCAAUUGAAAAAGGCCAUUGCUUCUAUGGUGGGAAUCUGGCCUGACCAGGUGCAGGGUUUCGGCCAGCCACGACGCUUCCCCGGGUGCAAGGUGAAGCAGGCCUUCGUGCAGAUCAACUUCCCUGCCUCAUACCAGGUGGGCUAUACCCACCUUCUCUGGGUGGAGCUGGAGCAUCUGGAGCCCACGGAGGCAGAGCUGGAAGAGCCACCCCCAGAGCCUCAGCUUGCUCCGGAGUCCAAGGAAGGGCCUGCCCGGGGGCGCGCGCAGGAUCCAGCGAGAGGCCCCGCCCCGGCCUGGCCUGGCCUGAGGCAGUACCUGAAGCCGUUAUUGAGGCGGCUGCUUUCUGCACUCAAAGCCUUAAGUCUCACUGUCUUAAGAGUCCUGAGCAAUUAUCCUAAAUAA